UUUCUUUAUGCUCUGCGCCUUUCACUUCUCCUGUCUCUGCCACCACUUCCCUGUUCUCUUUCUAUCAGGGGACAGGUGGUUUAAGGGUGAUCUCUGAGGGACAGACUUUCUUGAGAGGGGACAGGUGUUGAUCCGUAAUAUCUGACGGAUCAGACUUUCUUGAGAGUCACUAGAGAGAAUUUACAUUUUCAAGCAAUGGAGCAUGAUGAGGCAGGAUGUCAAGUUCCUCCUGAGGCCCCAAGGCUGUGUGUCAACGGUUGUGGAUUCUUCGGAAGUGCAUCUACAAUGAACCUGUGUUCCAAGUGCCUCAAGGACUAUGUAUUAAAGCAAGAAAAGGCUAAACUUGCUUUGUCAUCAGCUGCAUGUAUCAUGGAAGGAAGCUCUAUCAAUAUCGGGAAUGAGCCUGUGGCUGUUGUUGAUUUUGAGGCUAGUUCCGCAGAGACUAUUGUCAGCUCAGUAGUGCCAGUUUCAGAAUCAGCCCUGAACACAUAUAGUAGCACAAUGGUGAAAGCAGGUCCUAAUAGGUGCAACAGUUGCCGUAAGCGUGUUGGUUUAACUGGCUUCAAUUGUCGUUGCGGGAGCACAUUUUGUUCUGUCCAUCGCUACUCAGAUGCACAUGGCUGCACUUAUAAUUAUCAAGCUGCUGGCAAGGAAGCUAUCGCUAAGGCCAAUCCAGUUGUCAAGGCUGCAAAGCUUGAUAAAAUCUGAGACUCGAGUUCCUGAUUAAGGUACCAAUAUAAGUUUUCCAGCUAGUUGAUCUUUCUACGUUAAGAUGUCAUGCGUGUUGAAAGGUUGGAAUAAUGUAUGAUCUGACGUCUUUGUUUCUUUUUUAAACUAUUAGCCUCCCACAUCGAAACUAUUAUGUCGAGGAUGUAUUCCUUCAUUGUAGUGAAUGUUAGGCGGGCGCAAUGGACAAUGCAUGGAUUAGUUGAUUUAUAGUUCAAUGUUUGAUCACCACAUUUGAUUC